ACAGGCCGUCGCCCAUGGCAACCCGAGAAGCCGCGGCGGGGCCCGGGGCGGGUCAGGGUCAGGGUCCAAGGGCCGCCCCGGCGCCAUGGCCGCGGAGGUUGUGGUGGUGGGAUCCUGUGUGACCGACCUGGUCAGCCUUACUACGCGAUUGCCAAAAGCUGGAGAAACUAUCCUUGGACAUAAGUUUUUUGUUGGUUUUGGUGGGAAAGGAGCCAACCAGUGUGUCCAGUCUGCUCGACUUGGGGCCAAGACCUCGCUGAUCUGCAAGGUUGGAAAUGAUUCCUUUGGCAAGGAUUAUGUUGAUAAUUUGAAGAAGAAUGGUAUUUCUACAGCAUUUGUAGGUCAAACUGCAGAUGCUGCUACUGGAACUGCUUCAAUAAUUGUCAACAGUGAAGGACAGAAUGUUAUUGUCAUAGUCCCAGGAGCCAACCUGCUUUUAAAUUUUGAAGACCUGAAGAGGGCUUCUGAUGUCAUCUGUAAAGCCAAAGUGGUUGUUUGCCAGCUAGAAAUAACCCCUGCUGUUUCUCUUGAAGCUCUGAAAAUGGCACGUGCCAGUGGAGUAAAGACUUUGUUUAAUCCAGCUCCAGCCCUUGCUGACCUAGAUCCACAGUUUUAUACCUAUUCUGAUAUCUUCUGCUGCAAUGAAACGGAGGCAGAAAUUUUAACGGGCAUCUCAGUUGGCAAUCUUGAAGAUGCUGAAAAGGUGGGACGCAUGCUGUUAGAAAGAGGGUGUAAGCUCGUAAUUGUUACUCUUGGAGCAGAAGGCUGCGUGAUGAUAUCAGGAGACGAACCCAUUCCAAAGCACGUUCCUGCUGGGAAGGUCAGGGCUGUGGACACUACGGGUGCUGGAGACAGUUUUGUGGGAGCACUGGCCUUCUACCUGGCCUACUAUCCCAAGUUAUCCAUGGAGGAAAUGAUCAGGAAGUCUAACUGCGUCGCAUCAGUGAGCGUCCAGGCACCGGGGACACAAUCUUCAUAUCCUUACAGGAAGGACUUGCCUCAGGACCUUUUCUAAUUGAUUGUCUAGCUCGCUGUACUGUGAUUUUAUCUCAUCCCAGACAGCAUUAUUCUCCUGACUGCACCAAGGUUCUCCUCUGCUGACUGGAAAGGCCAGGAGAGUCUCUUUGCUUCUUAUUUCAGGAAUCCUGUGUGUUCCUGUUCUACAGCAGUAAGAUGGGGUGGGGUGGUGGGUAUUUCAAACACAGCACAGCAGGUCUCUCUGGCCCCACACAACCCCAUUGCCGUCCCACUCAGUGUGCUCUACUCAAUGAACUGCAUGAAGUUUACAGCAAAACACCUCGAGGGUAUUGGCUCCUGGCAGUAUUUUUACUUGAUUUUAUCAGAACUUCUGAUGUGAAAUGGCAGCACAUGAAGCUGAGCAUUAGCUUUGAGGCUGCAGCUUCAGUGCUCAAACACCAGGGCCAGUGUCUGGCUCACAACAAAGCCCUGUACAUCGAGCCUGGGCCCGCCUGUGCCCACGUGCCUCAGGUGUGGCACUGCACUCUGUGCUUCCCCACACUCAGGAAGGUCCCUCCAGCUGCAAAUAGGACAGGACUGCUACUGAGGUAGACUUUGAAAAUGUUUCUAGCCACAUUGCUCUAAAUACAGGCAAGCUAAUUAAGGAAAAAAAACUUACAAGAACAACUUACAUCAGAGAACUACAUUGUGUUUUCUUCAUGUUUGACAAAAACCCGGGAAAGAAAAAUCCAUCCUACACCUGGCUAAAAAUAAUACAGGCCUUUAACCAUGGCAAUAGCUUAUCAAAACCUCAUCUAGGUUCCCAUUCCUUCUUUCCUCAGAAGGAGCUGGUGCAAUAUGACCCCUCCAAGUAAUGACACCAGCUCGUGAUCACUACUGUCGCAUCUGUGGCUGGUAGGUUAGAAAAACUUGCAAUCCUGCCAUUGAAUUCCUGCUGUGGAAAAUGUUAAUUUUUAUUGCUUUAUAAAACAAUAGUUCCUUUGAAGAUUACAGCCUCUUUCACAAUAGAAAACACAGACAAUGGGAUUUUCUAUUUAAUUUUUUUUAAUUGAGCACUGUAAAAAUAACUCAAAAGAUAAAUAAAUGUUACUGUGAUGAUCUAUGUCCAGACAUUAAGAAUUUUCUCUCUCUACAUUGUUUUAUUCACAAUGGCCUUCAAAUCACAGGAGACGGUGAUCCCAGUUCAUUUCCUCUCUUUUCAGCCCGUGUUGCUGGAUUUCUGAAUCAGUGUUCACCCCAUCCUCCCCCCAGACCAUCCUCUUCUCAUGUAUAAAUCAAGUCCAGUCAUUGUUCACACAGAACGGAUUUUUCUCUUCUCUGUGAAGAGGACACGUUGUUUUGCUACAGGGAAAAAAAAAAAGAAAAAAGAAAAAAGAA